GGGCAGAAACUAGCACUGCCGAAAGGGGAACAUAGAGUCCUUGAUCGAGUUCACACGUGGUCAUGUUGAUGGGUGUGCCAAGACAAUCGUAAACUUCGUACCCCUACGACAUUCCUGUCAUUGACAAAGACUCUCAUCCUGUCCGCACGCACCGCUUCAUGACAAUUUCCUCUUCACGAUAAUCAAGAGUGCGAAAUACGAAAUAUCUUUCCGAUACGCAACAUAUGAGCACUACCAGUAAUGAUGUGCUGUUUGAGGCCGUAAAAUCACCACGAAGCCCUCUCUCGCAAGCCUAUGAUUCACCUCCUUACUUACGUUCGUCUCAUGAGUCGGAUGACUCUCUUCGUGAACUUGAAUUCUCCGAGGGGCCUCUGCUGGCAGAGCCAAGAUCGAGAGGACGGUCGUACUCCGUGUCAGGCUUUGACUUCGAGAGAGAUCUGUUACCUCUAAGUUCAAGUCUCAGCGAACCUGAUGUCCAGAGGGGGCCCGGAGAGAAGCAUAUCGGACUGGUCAAUGUGAAUCAAGGAAUUGCAUUGGUUGUUGGUCUUCAGAUAGGUUCCGGAAUCUUCUCUUCGCCAGGAGUUGUUAUAGCAAAUACGAAAAGCGUCGGGGCAAGUCUAGCUGUAUGGGUUGCUUCGGGAGUCCUUGCAUGGACUGGUGCCAGUAGUUUUGCAGAACUAGGCUCAUCGAUACCAGUGAAUGGCGGAGCGCAAGCGUAUCUGCAAUACUCGUAUGGGCCUUUGGUGUCGUAUCUCUUUGCGUGGACCGCAAUAUCUGCCCUGAAACCAGGCGGCAAUGCUGUCAUAAGCCUCAUCUUUGCUGAAUACCUGAAUAGGUUGUUCUGGCAUACGACCAGUUCGGACGUUUCGCCAAAUGCUAUUCCACAGUGGGCUAUUAAAGUCACCGCCGUUGUAGCCGUUCUUAUUGUAAGCAUAAUCUGCGUAGCGACACCAACCCUAGGGACGCGAGCUGCGGUUGUUUUUACAACAGUCAAGAUUGUUGCUCUGCUCUCCAUAACGAUCCUUGGCUUGGUUCAGUUGGCUCGGGGGCAAGCUUCGACAUCACUGACGGAGCCGCUAUUUAUGGAGUCCAGCACAAGCCCUUCCUCAUAUGCUCUUGCUUUAUAUUCAGGCUUGUGGGCAUUUGACGGUUGGGAUCAGGCGAACUACGUUGGCGGAGAGAUGAAGCGUCCGGAGAAGAACAUCCCUCGAGCUAUUCACACCAGUAUGGCGAUCGUCAUGCUUCUGUUUCUGCUGGCCAAUGUUUCCUACUUCGUCGUUUUGGACAAGAAUACGGUUGGACUAAGCAACACCGUAGCGCUUGAUUUCGGAAGAGCACUGUUUGGACCUAUUGGCGGUGCGGUAUUUGCUUUCAUGGUCGCUUUCUCUUGCUUUGGAGCCCUGAAUGGCUCGUUCUUCACGUCCGCUCGGCUCAUAUACGUUGCUGGCAAGGAAGGAUAUCUUCCCGCUCUGUUUGGCAGUCACAACAAGACCUUGAAAACACCUUUGAAUGCCAUGUGUCUUCAAGCUGCACUCACAACCGCUUUCAUCGUCCUCGGAGGAGGCUUCAGGUCGCUGAUCAACUUCGCAGUGGUCGCUUCGUGGGCGUUCUAUUUUCUUACUGUUCUGGGAUUGGUUAUCUUACGCUUCAAGGAACCGCUACUAGAACGGCCGUAUAAGACGUGGAUCAUCACGCCCUUCAUCUUCUGCGCAGUUUGUCUCUUCCUAUUGUGCAUGCCCAUCAUUGCCGCGCCAUUGGAAGCACUUGCUGUACUUGGCUUCGUUCUCGUGGGCAUUCCUGUGUACUAUAUAACUCAGACAGCUGAAGGAAAGGAUCGACCGCUCAUCAUCAACCUAUUUUCUUCUCUGAUAGCGCGCAUACGUGGCCGAUCGUCUCCUGGUCCAGGCUGGCAAGCAGUUGCAACAGGUGAUGAACAAGUUGAGAUGUCUGAGCAGGUUCGGACAUCACGAUAGCAGGCCUUCUCUGGGUUGUUACCUAGAAUUUUGCUUUUUCACCUUGCCAUUGCUUUCCAGUUGCAUCUCUCCCUGUUUAUACCUGUUCUCUACAUCCGAGGUCGGAUUGGAAUACCCUAAUCUACAUAUAGAGUUGUUAGUCGGCUCAUACACAGCCCCAUUUCAUUUUUAUUGUGUUUGUUCCGAGAGGUCCGACGUCCUUGCGUGCAACUUGCGUCAGUAUGCGCAGUUGUUCGUUCACGGUUGCUUUGCGACCUUUGCUGGGAUUGUCUCGGAUAAGUAUCGGUCAGCGUGCGAUUUCUAAGC